GCGGCGAGCAGGGGCAGAAUGGGCUGUAGUUGAGCGAAAUAGGGAAAGCGGCGAACAGUGUGGAGCGUUCCCGGUGUAAAUAAAAGGGGGGGCGAAAAAAAAAAAAAAAGUUUGUGGAAGUCGCCGCCCUGCAGCCUCGCUCGGGCAGCGGAGCGGGGGCUUGUGCGGCGCGGGAGCCCGGCACGGAGGACUUUAGUGCGCGGCGUUAACACGCUCUGCCUAUUGUUUGUGUUUUUUUCCAAAAUAUGGCAAAGGUUCAGGUGAACAAUGUAGUGGUGUUGGAUAAUCCUUCUCCUUUCUACAAUCCUUUCCAGUUCGAAAUCACAUUCGAGUGCAUAGAGGACCUGUCUGAAGAUUUGGAAUGGAAAAUAAUUUAUGUGGGUUCAGCUGAAAGUGAAGAGUAUGAUCAGGUGUUAGACUCUGUUUUAGUUGGACCUGUUCCUGCAGGCAGACACAUGUUUGUAUUUCAGGCUGAUGCACCUAACCCAGGGCUUAUUCCAGAUGCAGAUGCAGUAGGUGUAACAGUUGUGCUAAUUACAUGCACUUACCGAGGUCAAGAAUUUAUUAGAGUCGGCUACUAUGUAAACAAUGAAUACACUGAAACAGAACUGAGAGAGAAUCCACCAGUAAAGCCAGAUUUUUCUAAGCUUCAAAGGAAUAUUUUGGCAUCUAAUCCCAGAGUCACAAGAUUCCACAUUAAUUGGGAGGACAACACUGAAAAACUGGAAGAUGCAGAGAGCAGUAACCCAAAUCUACAGUCCUUGCUUUCCACAGAUGCAUUACCUUCAGCAUCAAAGGGGUGGUCAACAUCAGAAAAUUCACUAAAUGUUAUGUUAGAAUCUCAUAUGGACUGCAUGUGACUAACCACCAUCCUUUUGGUACUGUAUAUGUGUUAAACUGUAAAAACAACCAGAACUAUUCCCUCAAAUUCCAUAAGUACAUAGUUGAAGCAAUGUGAAGAACUUGUUUUAAAACAUCCUGUAGAAAGUUUAUAAAAAAAAACCCAGAAAAAACCCAACAAACAAACAGUAUUUGAGCAGAUUGUGAAAUAUAAAUACAACUAUUUUUAAGUAAUUGCCUUUUUUUUCUAAUGUGUUAUUCUAUGUGGUCUAAACCAAACCUGAUUAAAGUAUAUGUAUUCUC